AGAGAAAACCUUAAUGAACAGGUGACGCGCUCUGCCGCCACGCAGCCGCUGUUGCUCCUCUGCUCGCUGCCUGAGCGCGCUCCGGCUGGACUGCCGCACCGCGAUCAGGUGGGGAGAUGCAGCUCAGCUGAAAGCGGGCAGCACUGCACUGAGGAUAAAAAAAAAACAACAUGAUUGUAGCCCGGAGAGGAGGUGGCGUGGAUGAAGGACCCACGGAGGCGAAAUAGAUCGGAUCCGCCGCGAUGAGCGCCUCCUUUCCGAAAUCGGAUUCCACAACCUCGUUACUAAAAUCAUCGAGGCGAUCGACACACCUCCCCGAGCAGACAUCCGAGCUACGGAGAGGUCAGCAUCACCAUCAGCACCAGCACCAGCACCACCACCGUCCCGCCGCGCUCCACGGCACCGGCGGCAAAGCCGAGGAGUCCUUCUGGUCGGCCGAGGGCGACGUCAGCGCUCGGAGACCCCUGUGCCACCCGUCCGCGGCCGGCGGCCAGGACGGGAGUAAUACCGCAGCCACUCGGGGCAAGUGCAAGCCCCAAGUCCUGCACGGCCAAGUUCAGCCGGGGCCAGACUGCGAGGCGGACCGAGGGGUGACCGAGCGGAGCCGGACUAACCCCAAGCCCUCACACCGUCACCACCACCAUCACCACCACCACCGCAGGAAGCACCACCACGGGGAGGACCAUCCAGAUGACCCCGAGCGUCCCCAUGCCGGCUGCCACACGCACACCCACAGGGUGCCCUCCCUCUCGGACAGCACCGACGACAGGGCCCCUCUGUGUGAGCCGAGGGACCGCAAGAGGGCCAGUCUGGCCAGAGGCGGCGGUCAGGCCAGCAGUCCGUCCCCGUCCUCCUUGCUCCCCUGUCCCGCCGUCCAGCAGGUCGUCCCGCCGCUCCCGGAGGUCCAGCACCGCCUCCUCUGCCUCUGA